AUGACCACCGCCGUUGUAGAGCCGCCGAUACCGGAUUCCAUAUCGACGUCGGUAAUCGAGACGGUGAAUGGGUCGCACCAGUUUACAAUUAAAGGUUUCUCUCUAGCCAAAGGCAUGAGCCCAGGGAAAUACAUACAGAGCGACGUCUUCUCCGUCGGUGGAUACGACUGGUCGAUCUACUUCUAUCCCGAUGGCAAAAACCAAGAGGAUAACGCUAUGUAUGUCUCUCUGUUCAUCGCUCUAGCGAGUGAUUCUAGUGACAUUAGGGCUUUGUUUGAGCUGACUUUAAUGGAUCAGAGUGGUAAAGGGAAACAUAAGGUUCAUAGUCACUUUGAUCGAGCGCUUGAAGGUGGUCCUUAUACUCUCAAGUAUAAAGGAAGCAUGUGGGGAUACAAACGCUUUUUCAGACGAACGGCAUUAGAGACCUCUGACUACUUAAAGGAUGAUUGUCUUGUCGUCAAUUGUACUGUUGGCGUUGUUAGAGCCCGACUAGAGGGUCCGAAACAGUAUGGCAUUAUGCUAUCCCCGUCGCAUAUGGGUCAGGGAUUGAAAGACUUGUUAGAUUCUGAAGUUGGUUGUGACAUAACAUUCCAAGUCGGAGAUGAAACAUUCAAAGCUCACAAACUGAUCCUCGCAGCACGCUCACCUGUUUUUAGAGCUCAGUUCUAUGGACCAAUUGGGAAUAACAAUGUGGAUAGAAUAGUAAUAGAGGACAUCGAGCCUUCUAUCUUUAAGGCUAUGCUUAGCUUCAUCUACACCGAUGUACUUCCUGAUGUGCAUGAAAUUACAGGGUCAACUUCUGCCAGUUCGUUCACAAACAUGAUACAACAUCUCUUGGCAACUGCUGACCUCUAUGACCUUGGAAGGUUAAUGACAUUAUGUGAAGUUUUCCUAUGUGAAGAACUCAAUGUUGAUAAUGUAGCAACAACACUUGCACUGGCUGAACAACACCAGUUCUUACAGCUGAAAGCCUUUUGCUUAAAAUUUGUUGCAUCUCCGACAAACUUGGGAGCCGUAAUGAAGUCCGAAGGGUUUAAGCACUUGAAACAGAGUUGUCCGUCUUUGUUGUCCGAGUUGCUGAACACAGUUGUAGCAGUGGACAAGAGCUCGACGAGAGGACAAUCAAACAAGAAAAGAAGUGCGAGCAGUGUGUUAGGGUGUGAUACUACACAUGUGAGGCAACUGAGGAGGAGGACACAAAAUCGAUAA